AGCAACCCCACGCCAGUGGGUUGUGUGGCCCUGAAGAGCUCUAGGUGUGAGUGUCCGGAUCCCAGCGUACAGAGCAGCGAGCAAUGGGUGCUUGAGUGUGUUUGAGGGGUCCCUGCACCUCCCCUGCCCUGACAGCACCACUGAGGGCUGGGCUCAGACUUGGGGAUGGCCCUUGCCGCUCCAGCUGCUCUUGCAUGGUAGUUGCUAGAGAAACUGUACGUUGGCAAUGCACACUGCUACCACGGGCUGCUGCAUCUGAAAGUUAAUCUGUUCCACAUCACCGACUACUUUUCCAUAGCGAUGCAUAAGGAAUCGCCAUCCCAGAGCAGACCUCAGCCUGUCUGUGUGACGAUGCCAAGCGCUUCAAAAGAAAUGCAGGUGACCCUGUGGCAGCCAGGAUGGGACAAAGCGCUUUCUGGGAGGUCUGAUCCAGUCCCGUGCUAGCUACCGCUGACCCAUCCCCCGAGGCUUUUCAUCCCUUGCAAAACUCUUGCAAUUAGAACCUGCAAUGUGCGUGUUUGCAAGAUCCUCCAAAUUCUCUUUGCAUCUUACAAAGUCCCUGGCUCCAUCCCUUUGGGUAGCAGCAGGACACCAGCCCCAGUCACAGCCUUUUUGGGGAUUGCAGAGAGGACCCUGCAGGGAAGCAAGACUGACAGCAAAGCCUACGGUACUCAUUUUUAUCCCCACAAUGUGAUUUGAUUAUGCCGAUGGGGAACGGGGCUGGUAUAGCCACUACAUCCUGGCAGAGCUGAUCAGUGCUGGGUGUCUCUGCCUCAGCCCUCCUUGCUUAAAUCCUUUAGGGCAGCUCUUGUAUUUUGGGGACGUUGCAGCUCCAGUCCUCACCCUGCAUCCCCGCUGGGUGCAGUGACUGUCAGGAUGGGGCCAGGCUGCCCUGCGAGGCCCGAAGGCGCCCAGCUCUAGCUACAGCCCCCACCCAGCUUCACAGUUGUCCCUGUCAAUGUAAAAUGUAGGAAUGGGGGGAUCCAUCUGAGCCGCUCGGCGUCUGUAUCUUGUGAUCCUGAAACCCAAGAGCCCCCCCUGACUCAGCAGGUUAUUAAUAACCCCCUGGCUGUGCUCCCACCGCAGCGCCUGCCAGCCCUGGCAUCGCCUGUCUCUUGUCCACGCCGAGGCGAGAUGCACACCCUGGGCAAGGUCAGGGGCUCCUUCUCUCCAGCCCCUGCACCCCAUCCCCACCUAGGGGGCUGGGCAGAAGUAGCGUGAGGCUUGUGGAGGAGCCUGGACGGACCCUGAAGCCCCUGCACCUCCCACCAGCACAGGAGAGGCUCCUGGUGCUGCUGAAAUUAGUUCAUCGCACCCUUGUCCCAGCUCCUCUGUUUUCUUGUACCUAAAAUCAGCCCUUGUCGAGGCUGCAGGGCAGCUGAGUUGGGCUUCCUGGACCGUAGCAUCAGUACUGCCGCCUGCCCCUUCCCCGGGCUGGGACACACGGGGUGUCCCCAGGCUGCCGCAGACCCUGGUGGCGCUUGGCCCCCCAUCCUUUUGGACAGGAUGGGGUCUGCCAGCCACCAGGUUUCCGUCUGUCGCUGCUGAACCUCUUCUUUGGUCACAGCCUUUGCCUUUGCCCACGAUCCUCUUCCCAGGAUUGCGAGGGCGAAGCAGAGGAGCCACAGGUCCCUUGGAGACCCUCCAGGUACAUGUGGGACCUAGGGAGAAAGAAUAGCACAUUCAGCAAAACUGCAGCGAUGAUGCAAUCUGGGUUUGGGCUAUUCCGGGGAGAGCACACAAGCUGCAGGCAGCUUUCUGGGGGUCCCUGAGCACUUGGGGUCGCUGCCAGCUCUGGGGCACACGGACCAGAGCUGCCCAGGUCUCCUCCUGUCUGGGCAUGGGCUGUAGCACACCCACAUCCUUGCCACAUUAUACAAACAACCCCAGCCCCAGGGGGCUCAGCAAAGCUGCAAGGUGAUUUGGUGUGAGGGUGCGUUUACCAGGGCUGGUGCUCAUUAGCCAGGUUCAUUAGCGCUCCCUGGGCAGGUUUUAAAUAACAAAGUGGGAGCUGCCUUCUGGGUCAGUCCUGGCUACAGCUGGAGCACUGAUUCCUUCCCCUUCUCUCCUCUUUCCCUUCUGCCCCAAUUCUUCCUUCUCUGCUUACAGAUCCCCACAUGCUGCAGCCGUCCCUACUGGGAACCCACUCUGCAACACCCUGACAGGGAGGUUGAGGCUUCACUCUCACCAUUGUAAAUCUCCUGGCACUAAGAGCAGUGCCCCAAACUCCUUCGACCUUCCCAUCUCCCCCCAAGAAGGCUGUGUCCUCUCCAGCCAUGCAGCUUACAGGUAGAGCUGGAGCUCUUUGCUGAGCCCUGGGGAAGCUCCCAGAGCCCUGACAGCUCCAUCCAUGGUUUAUUCUCCUUCGUCUCCUCCAUCCUUGGCCCUUCUCUCUUGCUCUCCCACUGAGCCCAGUGUGCAGACUUGUCCCUGCUCUUGUUGGGGACCAGAGCUCUGGAAGGGGACUGGAGCCAGGGAAGGGGACAGCACUGACUUCCCCACCUGUACUCUGGGCUGCCCCAGCACCUUGGCUCUGCUCAAGACAGGGCACUUGGGCUCCCCAUCUUUUAUGUGUCUGUCUCCAUCCUGCUGUGCCCUGUUAUGGGGCCACAUGGAUGGAAAAGGGAACUUCUCUGCAACAUGGAUUUAUUUCAUCAGUGUGGCCCAUUCCCUUCUCUCUCUCUUGUUCUUUUAUCCCCUUCUCCUUCCCUAUUUCCCUCCCAGGGCUCUCCCCCUCUUUUCCCAUCCCCUCCAGCUUUCUUGCCCCCAUUUCCCAUCCCCUCCUCUCCCCGCUGUCCUCCCACGUCUUUGCCCUGCAGCAGGUAAAGGGUUUUAGCCCACUGUACCAGGCAAAAACGCACUCUCACGCGGCAGAGCAUCUACUCGAUGCCUUGGCCUCCUCUCCGAGUACCGGCAGUACUUGUGGGACCACCACACAGCAGGAUUCGCACGCUGGCUGGGCUGUGAUCAUCCCAUCACAGAUCAAAGCCGUGCUUCUCAGGGACAGCGAGAGCCUGCUUGCUUACAGCAGGGGUUGCAGUUCUACCAAAACCACUUAUUCUCAUCAGCUUCAUCGCGUUCGGAAGCAGCUGAUGGUUCCCUUUGGCGGGGUGAAGCGAGAUAUUUUUGAACUGUGAAACAACAGCUGUCUCGCAACACAUGGAGCGGAGGAAUCAGAUGGCUGUGAUUGAAGGUUGGAACCGUGAACCCGAAUGUGUCCAUGAACUUACAUUCCUGCCACAUCUGUGGUCAUUACAAGGGUUUCAAGGUAGAUCGGGAGCGGCGCAGAGAAAUUUCCUUACUAGAUGACAUUUCAUCGCAAUGUCCGAUCGUUUGGGGCAAAUAACCAAGGGAAAGGAUGGGAAAAGCAAGUACUCGACUCUCAGCCUGUUUGAUAAGUAUAAAGGAAAGUCAAUAGAAGCUAUCAGAACUACAGUUAUUCCUAGACAUGGCUUACAGAGUCUUGGGAAAGUUGCUGCUGCCCGGCGCAUGCCACCUCCUGCAAACUUGCCUAGCUUGAAGUCUGAGAACAAAGGAAACGACCCCAACAUCAUUAUAGUACCCAAGGACGGUACAGGAUGGGCAAACAAGCAGGAUCAGCCAGACCAAAAGAGUUCCAGUGCGACAGCUGCACAGCUGCAGGAGUCGCUGCCGCAGCAGGGUUUGCAGAAAUCUGUCUCCAAUUUACAGAAGCCGACACAGUCAAUCAGUCAGGAGAGUACAAAUUCAGUGCCAGGUGGACCAAAGUCAUGGGCACAGCUGAAUGGAAAGCCAGCAGGACAAGAAGGUGGUUCAAGGGCCUCAAGCCGACUGUUAUCCUUCUCUCCCGAGGAAUUUCCGACGCUGAAAGCAGCUGGCGAGCAGGACAAGGUUGGCAAAGAAAAGGGCGCCUUAGAUCCGUCGUAUGGGCCAGGACCAAGCCUCCGCCCCCAGAAUGUCACCAGUUGGAGGGAGGGCGGUGGGAGGAACAUAACCUCUGCCACAUCUCUGACCGCCUCCCCUGCUGAGCUGGGCAGCAAGACCUCUAGUACUGGAGACGGAGCCCCCUCCUCAGUGAGUGCCAGCGAUCCGAAGGAGCCGUCUCUCCGCCCAGCUCAGCCUGUCCGCAAAGGGGCUUCGCAGUUCAUGGGAAAUGUCUACCAACCACCUACGUACCAUGACAUGCUACCUGCUUUUAUGUGUCCACAACAGCCAUCUGAGACCCCUGCAUCGCUGGACCGAGGGUCUUUCCCCCUUCCUCAGCUUCGCCUUGAGCCCCGGGUACCUUUCAGACAAUACCAGAUGAAUGACCAGGAUGGAAAAGAGAACAGGCUCAGCCUGCCUCGCCCAACACGUCCAGUUCGGCAGCAAGUAGAGAGAGCGCCUCGGCCCACCAUUAUCAAUGCAGAGAACCUAAAGGGGCUGGAUGAACUAGACACUGAUGCGGAUGAUGGAUGGGCAGGCAUUCAUGACGAAGUGGAUUACUCUGAGAAACUAAAGUUUAGUGAAGAUGAGGAAGAGGAAGAAACUCUUAAAGACGGACGACAGAAGUGGAACAGCUGGGAUCCCAGAAGGCAACGACAGUUGUCCCUGAGCUCUGCAGACAGUGCAGAUGUCAAACACACCUUGGAGGAAGGAAAGAAUUGGGGCGACUCAGUUGGCUUGUCCCGGUCAGUCCGGAAAGUGCAGGAUUCACAGCAGCCGCCGAGGAAGCUGAAUGGCUGGAGCUCUGCAUCUGAAUACCAGAAGCCCACACUGGGAAGUAUCCUCAGACAGCAGUCCCUCGAGGAUAAAGAAGAAAAGGUGCCACUGAGACAGAAGUUUGUGCACUCUGAGAUUUCAGAGGCUGUUGAGAGAGCCAGGAGGCGACGGGAGGAGGAGGAGCGGCGAGCCAGGGAGGAGCGUCUGGCAGCCUGCGCUGCAAAGCUGAAACAACUUGAUCAGAAAUGCAAACUGGCUCAGAAGAGUGGGGAGACCCAGAAACACACUGAGAAUGAAGACCUGCGACCCCCAAGCACAGAGAAAAAUGCUGUGCAAGAGAAUGGUCAUGCUUUCCGUAGAGCAACCCCUGAGUUUCACACACAGGAUGUCUCUGUUGGCUACCUGGAAGAGGAGACUCCAGCUCCAGCAGCAGCAGCCCAAAGCAGCAGUGAGGAGGAGCUCAGAGAAGUUCCCUCCCCAGCACAGGAAUUCAACAAAUACCAGAAAUCUCUUCCCCCACGAUUCCAGAGGCAGCAGCAGCAACAGCAGCAGGAGCAGCUGUACAAGAUGCAGCACUGGCAGCAGCAGCAAGUCUAUCCUCCCCCAUCCCAUUCCCAUCCCCAACGGACGUUCUACCCGCCGCACCCCCAGAUGCUUGGCUUUGAUCCUCGCUGGAUGAUGAUGCCCUCUUAUAUGGACCCUCGCAUGGCCCAGAGUCGCACCCCUGUAGAUUUCUACCCUUCAGCCCUUCACCCUUCAGGAAUUAUGAAGCCCAUGAUUCAGCAGGACACCAUUGGUGGGAGCAGCUGUCGGUCUGAAGAUCAGAACUGUCAGGCAGGGCAGGCAGAAAGGAAAACUGCUCCCUUGGACCCUGUGCCAGUGUGGGGCCAGGAGAGCUACACACCUCUGCAAAGCAAAGGGUACUCCCUGUCACAUCAAAAACAGGCUGACAACAUGACCAUGGAGGGGCUGCAUGCCAGGAAUGACAGUUACUCUGCUUCUCCUGGAAGGCCAGAGAGUCUGAGCACCCAGCGAGAUCUCUUUGAGGAGAGAGGGGAGGAGUACUUGAAUGCUUUUGACAAGAAGGCCCAGGCAGACUUUGACAGCUGUCUGUCUUCUCAAAGGAUAGGCCAAGAUCUCUUGUUUCAGCAUCAGGAGACCGUGCAGGAAACCUGUCCUGCUGGCAACCGCCAUGCAAACUUGAGGUGUUCGCCCCUAGAACCUGAUUUUAUCCAAGCAGAGAAGAAGCCUGAAUAUAAUGGCUGGGAUAUCAGCCACCAUCAGAAACCUGCAGAGACUGCAGCAGAAGUUGCCGAAGAAGUGCCCAGGGAUGAGCAGUCAUUCAGUGCUGACCCGUGGAAGAAAGAAGGAGCUAAUACCAAACAGCCCACUGAAGAGACAACAGAGUGGGCCCCUGAGAACCGGAACACCAGUGGUCAGCACCAGGAGCAAAUGGGGAGGACGCGACGAUCAGGCCCAAUUAAAAAACCAGUCCUGAAAGCCCUCAAGGUGGAAGAGAAAGAGAAGGAGAUGGAAAAGGUUAAACUGGAGGGAGAGGACACCUCACGCCCACUGAAGGAGAAGGCAGCUGUUCAGAAAGUAGAAAAUGAGUCAGAUGAUUCUGCAGCCUUAGUGAACUCCACGCGUUACCUGCUGGAUGACAAAGGUUCUUCCCAAACCAACAUUGCCCGAGAGGCUGAGAAGUCCCAGGAGGAAGAGGAGGAAGAAGAGGAGGAAGAGAAGCCAGAAAGAACCUGGGAGAACAAACUAUCCAGAGAGUCUGGUGAUCUCCCUCCCACAAAAAGAAACAACUGGAUCUUCAUUGAUGAGGAACAAGCCUUUGGUGGGAGAGGCCAAGGGCGUGGGCGAGGGAGAGGCUUCAGAGAGUUCACUUUCCGAGGCCGAGGCACUGUUGUGGGCAGCCGGGGAGUCUAUAACAACCAGCGGAGCAGCCGAGGGCGAGGGCUUCGGGAGUUCAACCAGCCAGAGGACUUCCCUAGAGGCAAGCCAAGGCGCCGGAUUGCAAGCGAGACACACAGUGAAGGGUCAGAAUACGAGGAGCUCCCCAAGCGUCGCCGGCAGAGGGGCUCAGAAAACAGCAAUGAAGGCUCUGUGCUGGACAGGGAGGACAGUGAUUUGAAAAAGGGAGACUUCAAAGAGUCUUGGAGGUCCAACAAAAUCUAUUCAGAUGACCACAGUAGUCUGGAUCCGAAGAUGAGGGCUCCGAGAGCUUUUGGGAGAUCACUGCCGCCAAGACUGAGCAACUCUGGCUAUGGGCGAAGGAGUUUCAUGGGUAAGGAGCCCAGCCAGUGGCAAAGCAGGAGUGGGGGAGCAGGGUGGCAGGAGUACAGCCACGCCUCUCCAUCAGACACUUUUGGGAGCAGGCAGCAGUCUGACAGGGACUACAUUCAGGAUUCUUAUAAACAUGUGGAUUCCUUCUCCAGCCGGGUUUUUGAUGAGAGUCAUCUGGAUGACAAAAGGCACUUUUUCCAGGAGGAUUACUCAGCAGAUCAGGAGAACAUAGAGAACAGGCCAUUCAGGAGGCGGCGUCCCCCCCGCCAAGACAAGCCCCCACGAUUCAGGCGCCUCAGGCAAGAGAGGGAAUCGGUUGGCCAGUGGAACCCCGAGGAGGGAAGCCCCAACCUGCUGCCCAGCCAGUGGCCUGGAAGACCCAAGCUGACCACUGCAGAGAAGAGCAGCAUCUCGGGCAGACGGUCUCCCGAGCUGUCCUACCAGAACUCAUCAGACCAUGCCAACGAGGAGUGGGAGACUGCAUCUGAAAGCAGUGACUUCAGCGAGCGGCGGGAGAGGCGAGAUGGAGUUUCAGAGAGUGAAGGCCAGCUGGAGGGUGGCCUCGGGAGUGGGAGCUUGGGAGAGAAGAGGGAGCUAGCGAAGCGGAGCUUCUCAAGCCAAAGGCCACUUGUCGACAGGCAGAGCCGCAAGGCCGAGCCAGCAGGGUUUGCAGAGCAGUCUGUCAGGACUGGUGUAGGAACAGCUUCCAGAUACGAGAGCCAGCAGAAUGGGACACUGAUAAAAAGCAAAAGGUCUCCAGAAGAAGGAGGUGGCCUUGGCAACACCAGUGGUGGGAGCAGCCACUCUAUUUACAGCUUGGAUAGGACCUCCCAUGCAAACUCAGAGAGUGCUGAGGGUGCAGGUAAAAAGCCAGAGAAGGAGCCCAAAUCCACUGCGCAAAGAGCAAGUGAGAAGGGAGAGGCCUUGUCACAGUUCGAACUGAGUUAUGGAAGUACUAUCAUUGAUAAUCGGGUGUCGAACACAGCAGAAGAGAAUGAAGUAGGUUCUAUGGCAGGUGAAGGCUUCAUUGAGGUUCUUACUAAAAAGCAGCGUCGCUUGCUGGAAGAGGAGCGAAGGAAGAAGGAACAGGCUGCUCAGGCACCAGCGAAGGCCCGCGUCCUUCAGUCUCGCAUCCCUCCUCGAUUUGCUAAGAAACAGAACAGCUUGUGCUUGGAGCAAAGUGAUGUAACAGUGUCUGGAAACAGCCUGGGCACAGAGAUCUGGGAGAGCAACAGCCCAGCUCUUUCCGUUCAGUCUCCUGGCAGUGAUUCCUGGAGCAAGCCUGUAAAUACCUUUAAUGGUACUGAAUCUAGCGCCACUGAGCAGGGUUUUAAAGGCAGCCAGGGGGAUAGUGGCAUUGACUUGAGCGCGGAGUCUCGGGAAUCCUCCGCUACCUCCUCUCAGCGCAGUUCUCCAUAUGGCACCCUCAAACCAGAGGAGAUGAAUGGGGCUGGCCUGGUGGACCCAAAGCCUGACUGCCAGAAGGAGCAAGUGCAGAAGCAAUCUGAUAAAAAGGAUUCAGAUCAAGGCUCAGGACAGAACAAGGAACACAAGCCUGGACCAAUCGGCAACGAACGCUCCCUGAAAAACAGAAAGGGUUCGGAGGGAACGGAACGGCUGGAAGGGAAUAUUCCCCCUGUUAACGGGGUGGAAAUUCACGUGGAUUCUGUACUUCCUGUGCCACCCAUUGAAUUUGGAGUAAAUCCUAAAGACUCUGACUUCAGCUUGCCGCCUGGUUCUGCCUCUGGCACUGCAGCUAACCCUGUCACCAAAUUGCAGGAUGCCUUGGCCAGUAAUGCAGGGUUAACGCAGUCCAUUCCCAUUCUGCGAAGAGAUCAUCACCUCCAGCGGUGCAUUGGCCUGAACCCAAUGUCCUUCCCCACUGCAGACCUUACUCUUAAGAUGGAGUCUGCUCGUAAAGCUUGGGAAAACUCUCCUAGUUUACCAGAACAGAACUCCCCAGGAGGCGCAGGCUCAGGCAUCCAGCCUCCUUCCAGUGUUGGAGCUUCCAACGGUGUCAGCUACAGCUCUUUUGGUGGAGUUUCUAUGCCGCCUAUGCCUGUGGCGUCCGUAGCACCUUCUGCAUCUAUUCCAGGUAACCAUAUUCCACCCCUGUAUCUGGAUGGCCAUGUGUUUGCAAGUCAGCCCCGCCUGGUCCCGCAGACGAUACCUCAGCAGCAAAGCUACCAACAGGCUGCUGCUGCUCAACAGAUUCCCAUUUCCCUCCACACAUCCUUACAGGCCCAAGCUCAGCUUGGGUUGAGGGGUGGUCUGCCUGUUUCCCAGUCCCAGGAGAUGUACAGCUCCAUACAGCCCUUCAGGUCUCAGGUGUAUAUGCACCCCAGUCUGUCUCAACCCAGCACCAUGGUCCUGACAGGAGGCACUGCUCUGAAGCCUCCGUAUUCCGCCUUCCCAGGCAUGCAGCCCUUGGAGGUGGUAAAAACCCAGUCUGGGUCCCCCUAUCAGCCCAUGAAUGGAAGCCAGACACUGGUUUAUGAAGGCCAGAUAAACCAGGCAGCUGGUAUGGGAGCCUCGCAGAUGAUGGACUCUCAGCUUACGCAGCUAACGAUGCCUGUGCCUGGCUCCCAGCUUCCUCUGCCCCGCUAUGGCUCUGGCCAGCAGCCCCUGAUUCUACCACAGUCCAUCCAGCUUCCUCAGGGGCAAAACCUGCCUGUAGGAGCUCCCCGAAGAAUCCUCCCUCCUGGAUCCCAGCCUUCUGUUCUUGCUACCAGCAGGGAGUCCUCCCAAAUGGAAAUGAAAGGGUUUCAUUUCUCCGACGGUAAACAGAAUAUGUCCUCCGGAGGGUCUGUACCAUCACCACAUACGUACAGAAUUUACUCCAUGAAUAUUGUCGACUCUUCGAUUUCCAGGCCUAGCUCUGCCAGCCCAAGUGGGAAGCCAUCUGGACCAGCAGUUAGUAUGGGCUCUGUGCAAGGACACUAUGUUCAACAGGCAAAGCAGCGGGUGGAUGAAAAUAAAGCCAAUUUGGGAGCAGUAAAGCUGCAAGAAACAGCCUCCACAAACCAGAUGAAGCCAGUGCGCACAGGAGCAAUCAAACCUCAGGCAGUCAAAGUGGAGGAAAGCAAGGCCUAGGAACACCUCUGAUGCCCAGCUGGUCCUGCUGCCUGAGAGGCCCUGCAGCUUAGACUGGACGCCACUGGAUCUCCUGAAAAUCUCACCAGAUCUACUCCCUGCCCCACAUUGACUGACUACAGCAACAUCAUCCAAGCCCCUCUCCCAACAAAGCAGUUUGAAACAGUGGAUAUGACAUUGACCUGCUUGCUUUAAAACCAACCAACCAUGUGACUUUGAAGUGGCUCGAGCCAUUUUUUUUUUUUAUUCCCCCCCCCCCCCCCCCCCCCCCCCCGCCAUGCUCCAUCCACAGGUAGCUGUGAUUGCUCACUUGGCAAAGCCCAUCCUUCUCCUUCCCUACUUCUGUCUCAGCAGAGUGGCAACUGGGGGAGAGGGGUUAGUUUGAGGUUUUUCAUUUUAAAGGCAGCUGAGGUUUUUACAAAAAAAGCUAUAUCUUUGUUUAUAGCAGAACUUUUAUAUGUUCUCUCAUUUUUCCCACCCUUCUUUCUGCUUUCCUUAUUCCUUCCAGAAAAGAAUUCCCUUCAGCUAAAAUUAUGUUCUGACAAAACUAUGCUUAGUUUUAUAUAUGGUUCUGUGCUAUGUUGAGAAUCAUGACUCUUCUAAAUUGAGUUUGUUUGGGUAUAUAUUACCCAGAUGAUUUAGCUUUUCAGAUUAUUUGGUUUUGAAAAACCAGGACAGUUAUGGCAUUCGUUAAAUUUUCAGUAUUUUUGUUUUAAGCUAGAAGCAGUGCUUGCGUUAGAAGUAAAUGUAUACUAAAGGUAUAUAGUAGAUCAGUGCAUUAAUCUUGAAACUUGCACCACUCUAAUUGUAGCUUUGGGGUGCCUUGUGCACAACAAAAUAUGGCAUUUUUGUUUUAAGGAAGAAAAAAACCCACCAAAUUUCUGUUGCAAGCUCAUCUGGAUCUAGGGGUUGUUUUUGUGGGUUUGGGAUUUUUUAGUGACUGCCAAACACACACCAAAAUGUAAAUCAUAGAUUUAUGAAAUGUAAAAUCUGUUAAGAAAAAUUCUCCUCACCGCACAUGGGUCAGAAGAGUUGGCUAGAGCCAACGGGUCUGUAUGGACUACUUUUUGUAGUUGUGAUGCUCUCUCUUAUGCUCCCUACCUUGGCCGCUCUAAUUCUUCAUGUCUCCUGAGACUUGUUCUAUAUUGUGUUCAUCCCUUGGGGCUGCUCUCCUAAGCUUUGCUCUGCUCCCUUUUCCCUAAGUCUUGCUUUCUGUUCCUCUGACUCAUGGCCUUUUGUAAAAUUUGCAUAGAAAUGCAUCAGUAAGGGACCCCCUCUGCAAGACCGCCGUUUUAGCACUUGGAACCUCCUUUUUUGUGUCAGAAGCGCAUGGUUACAGAGGCAGUUUGGAAUCAUCCUUCUACUCUCCUUCCCCAGAUGAACAGCGAAGGGUUCUUUACUUUUGAUGCAGCUGCAUAUCAUGUGUACACAGUAUUGUCACCUCACAAUUACUCACCAGUAUUUGAUGAUCUAUGAAAGGAAGGUCCCAGUGGGAGGGGGUUGGGUUUUAUUUCUUCGGUGGUUUGGUUUUGGUUUAUGUGUGUGCGUGUGUGUGUGCGUGUGUAUGUAGAUUUUUAGGAUGGACUUACAAGUUCUGAAAGUGCUUGGAGUCCUUCAGCUGACGGUAGUCUUAAGUAAACUCAACUACUUUCAGCUAACUUGGUUUGUGUUGUUUAGCUCUUUCAAAAUGUAAAGUAGGCUGGUCACUCUGAAGUGGGGGAAGAAAACUUCAUUUCUGCAGUAGAUGAUAGCUUGCUAACUGGCUGUGCCAUCUGCCUCUGCUAGGUGGCAGCAAGUCAUUUGUUGGUGGUUCCAAAGAAGAUAAUUUUGAACAAAGAAUGUAUUUGGGAAGGGAUCUGAAAGGUGUUCUUGUUUCUUCGUUUGCUUUUUUCCCCCCUUUCUAGGAAAGAUCCUUCAUAGCUUUUUAGGGAUGCAUUUGAAAUUUUAAGCUAGGUAUAAAUAAGAAUUUUAUACAGUAGCUUUAAAGAGUUUAGAAACCUAAACUAACUUAGACAUAGUGAUGUCCCCUCUCCACAGGUGUCCCCAUUGACCAUGGCAGAGAACCCGAAGGGAAAGGGAUAGGAUGGUACUUUAAAAAAAAAAAAAAAAAAAAAGGCAAAAAACCCCCCUCUUUUUUUCCCCUCAUGUUUUAUGGAUUUUUAACUUCAGAGCAGAGUGUGCCAGCAUCUCUCUAGCGUCCUCCUUAAAGUACAGGGUUUGAGAUUUAGCGACAUAUACUUCCGCAGCCUUCAGACAUCUCCCAGACCUGCAUCCUCAUCUGCUAGUCCUGCUCCCAACAUUUUCCAAAGAUUGCUCCACCAGUAAGUCAUCCCACCCCCCCUCCCCCUUUCUAUUUUCUUCCUUGGAAUAUCAUGAACAACAGAAUUGUCUGUUUUUUUUCUUUAUUAUCCUUCUGCCCAGCUGGCCCUAGCUAAUACCAGCCCAGAAUCUAACUGUAAUGGCUAAAGAGACUUAUCCGAGCCCCCCUCUUCUCAUCUCUUUCCUACCCUAGACACACUACUUAAGCUUUACAAAGACACUAACCUCUUUCCUCCCACCUAUAUGACUUUAAAAUGGUCAAAUGUGUUGGAGAAACUGGGUUAUUGCUAGAUACAAGUUAUUGCAGUCCCUCUGGUGUAAAUGCCAUCAGAACUACAGUACUUCCUGUUGAAAAAGGUCACCCUUCUUUCUCUUUUAACCUCUCCAUUCCUUCCCCCAACAGAAUAAAACACUAGAAUUUAUUUAUACGUAUUUGAUGUUGUAGGUCUAGGUGAAAAAAGUAAUUGUUUCACUGCUCUAUUUAUAUAUUAUGUCUGAAUUAUUCUGUGCAGGAAAGGCCAAGAAAUGCAUGUGAGCUUCAUUCCAUUCCUCACCUUUGCGUGACUGUCAGCUGCAGUUGGCAAGACUCUCUUUCACUUAAUGGAGUUUUGUGUGAUGGAAAGCAGUUUUAGAGCCCAAAUUUCUACAGUGCAAUAUCCUUCUUCUCUGGCAUAUAUUUUUGUUUGUUUGUUUAAAGCUAGUACAAGGUUAGUGCAGUUUAUGGUGCUCUUGAGUCAAAAGGAAAGCCUCUGAUCCUCAAGGUGCAGAAAUGCCAAGGGUGCUGGUACGCUGAUACAAAUUCAGCUUGGGGAAGAGGAGAAUGGAGAUGUAUAGAAUGUGGAUAUGGUUUAUAGGGGAAUACUUCUGCUUGCUGUCUCCACUGCUGAAGGGUCAGGCCCUAAUGAUUUAUUCCUUUGUGAGUUGCUUUUGCUUUGACUGGAAAUCAGCUACCAAAUUGCAGGCUCCUUCUGCUUGGAAAGGUGCAGUGGGAGGGAGAGGUGGAAUCCAUGUUUUCAGCAACAAUGGGUGAAGCAGAAAUAUUCAGAGGCUGACUUUGCUGCUUUUUGUUCAGCUGAAGGUCUGAAGCACAUUGUGUAAUUAGUUCUCUUAGAUGCAGUGAUUCAUGGCCUAGCAGCUGCAUUCAGUGCUGCUUUCCUCUCCAGUUCAGCCUGAUUUUAGCUCUUAAUUAAAAAAAAAAAAGAAAAAAUUUUAAAAAUUAAAUAAAUUGAAGUUAAGGAGGAAAAAAAGGAAGAAGAAAAAAAAAAAAAGUGUGCCAGUAUAUUUUUCAAUGACAAGUGGAAGCAGCACAGUCACCAGUGCAACAGGUAUUAUUGUUGAUCUUCCAUAAUUCGCUCCUGGCUAUGCCAUGUGACAGCUGUACAGUCGUCAGUAACUCUGAAUGUGUUUGCAGCCCAUUGAACUCCCAUACGUGUUUGUGUUCAUGCAGAGGCACUCCAUUUAACAGUUUCCUUGCAAGAAUGCUGCGAAGCUACAAGCUGCCCUGUGGUUCCUGUGUAUUUAUGGAUAUAUAUUAAGAAAUGAGCCUAGCAUUUUUGCUAUGUCUCACCUUUUGGCAGGCUACUAUAUUCACUUUCAAGCAAGCACCACUGCAUGCCAAGGUCUUGUUCUGUUGCAUUUUGUUAACCUUCUGUUUUGCUUCUGGCUGGUUAAGCACAGGUUAAUUCCUUGUAGCAUGGGUUAUUUCUGAGGUACAGCAGCCCAGUUUCCUUGUAAGAAAGAUGCAUUUGUGAAUAAGAAUCUACAACAGGCAUCAGGAUACUUAGUUGUGGCCCAUCGACGGAAAAGGUGCAUUUUGCCGAAGCAGUGGAACUGCUGACUGUGAAGAGGCAGCAGCAGUCCAACUCCUUUUUUUUAUUGUUUUGUUUUGUUUUGGUUAGUUUGUUUGUUUUAAUCCGAAGACCACCAGAUUUUCCUAGUGGCCAUAGAUGCCCCCCUUGGGUUUAAUGGCUCUUCCCAACUCCUCGAGAUGUCUACAGUCACAACCUUGACCGUUGCCCUGGGCAUCACAGCAGCAGCAGUGAGGCGCUCACCCUUUAGCAUGUCUCAAGGCAUUGUCCUUAGCUGGAAUCCUUCCUCUGGUUCUGUAUAAAUUGCAUUUGUUGUUUCUCAAGGGGAUAUUGUACUCCUUAAAGCUUUUAACCUCAUGACCUGUAUAGUAAAUUUUUUUUGGCCUUUCCUCUCUUUGUCUUUUCAUGUAGACCAGAUAUUUGAAAGGGCAGACGAUGGAUAAUUGUGUAACAUGCAACCUGUUUAUAUUUUUUGGAAACUUUUACUUGGACCGGAACUCGAAUCACGGAAUCACCAGGCCAGUUGCAGCACACUCUUUAUUGCCCUUUUUCCUUGUUUCAGUACCUAUUGUUUCUCCUUUCAAAUAUGUGAUUGUAUUAGCUCUUUCCAUAUGAAAGAAUUCUCCUUAUUUAAAUAAAAAAAAAAAAAAUAAAGCAGAUUAUGCUUUUCUCAAA